AUGCUAGUGGUGAAGAAGAAGCUUGCUCUUGACCAUUUAAUUGUUCAGAAGAUGGACAACAAUUAUGACAACACUGGCAAAGGUCUCCAGUUGAUCAUCAUGUUUGAAGCUAAAGCCAUGUUUGAAGAAGGUGAUGAGUCCUCAAAGAACAUAUCCUGUGCCUACAUCAUUGCCAUCAUUGGAUACAUUGACAAUGAUGUUGAGAAACUCAUCGAGAAGACUGAAGUGAAGGGUGAUCAACAGGCAGUUACCAAGGAGGCUGGGCUCUCCUUUGUGUUUUCCAAGGUAUGGGCAGCAGACAAGAAGUGA